AAAAAUUCCUCAACUGGCCGGGCAUGGGCCAUGCUGCCUCAACACCAACUGGGCUCCCCCUCCAUCUCCUUUCUCCUCCUUCCAAUGAUUGCCUACCUAUGAAUAGAAACGCCUGAGCUAUCAAACCAGGCGCACCAAUUUACGUGCAGUACAGUCACAGGACGCUCUCUUCUCGGUCAUUUGCAGACAUUUCCCCGUUCAUAACAAGACUACUUUCAUCUCCUGAAGUGUAAACAUGUCUACUGAGAAGUGUUUAUCCACAGGAAGUGCUGCACCUGGUCCAGUCCCCAACAACCUCAUCAGACUUUACAGCAUGAGAUUCUGCCCCUUCGCCCACAGGGCCAGAUUAGUGCUGAAUGCCAAAGGGAUCAAACAUGAAACCAUCAACAUCAACCUGAAAGACAAGCCUGACUGGUACCUUGAGAAGAAUCCUUUUGGACUUGUCCCAACUCUGGAGACACCUGCUGGUGAGGUGAUCUAUGAGUCUCCCAUCACCUGUGACUACCUGGAUGAAGUUUACCUCAACGAUAAGCUGCUUCCUUCCACUCCUUUUGGUAAAGCUCAACAGAAGAUGAUGCUGGAGCAUUUUUCCAAGAUUAUGCCAUACUUCUACAAGAUCUCAAUGGGGAGAGCGAAAGGCCAGGAUGUCUCAGGACUGGAAGCUGAACUGAAAGAAAAGCUUUCUAAAUUAAAUGAGGACCUAAUUAACAAGAAGUUCUUUGGUGGUGAUUCGAUCACAAUGAUCGACUACAUGAUGUGGCCGUGGUUUGAGAGGCUGGACAGCUUUGGACUGAAACCCUGCCUUGACUGCACACCUGAGUUGAAGAAGUGGACAGAGCGCAUGACGGAGGACCCGGCUGUCAAAGUCGCAAUGCAGAGUGCGGAGAAACACAAAGCCUUCUACAAGAGCUACGUCGAGGGGAAACCCAACUACGACUAUGGCCUGUAGAAUAAACCAUGAUGAGCUAACAUUGAAGGGAUACAGUGGCAACGUAUUUUUUUAAUUGGAUUUUUAAGACUUAUUUUGUUAUUGAGGGAAAAUAUAUUAACCAUAAUGGGAAUGAGGUACAGUGAAGUAAAUAUGACUUAAGGUGUUUCCAAAGGUGCAACACUUUCUCUAAUAAAAGCUAAAGAUGUAA